CAGGAGGAGGCAGCGGGUCGGAACCACAGCCUGACCCAACGUGUGGAGGACCUGGAGCACCGGUACAGCGAGGCCAGCACCCUGCAGCACAUCCAGGCCACCCUGCUCUAUGACAUGCAGGCCCAGAUAAACAACAUCUCUGUCCUGGCUGACUGGGCCUGGAAGAACCCCCCUUGCCUUGGCCCCGCCGAGAUGAGGCUGCAGGAGGAGAUGCAGCAGCCAGAGGUGAAGCAGACCAGGAACUGCCCCAUUGACUGUGCUUCUGUCUACUACAACGGGCUGAGGCGCUCUGGGAUCUACAGCAUCAUGCCCUCGGUGGGAGGAACCCCCCUGGAGGUCCUCUGUGAGAUGGACACUGAAGGUGGGGGCUGGACAGUCAUCCAGAGGCGUCAAGAUGGUUCUGUUGACUUCAACCGGACCUGGAAGGAGUACAAGGAGGGUUUUGGGGACCUCAACGGGGAGUUCUGGUUGGGCAACGAGAACAUCCACAAGAUGACAAGCCAAGGGGACUACUCCCUGCGCAUCGACCUGGAGGACUGGAACAGCAAGCACAAGCAUGCCUUCUACCAGGUCUUCAGCAUCGAGGACGAGGCCAACGAGUACCGGCUGCACGUGGAUGGGUUCAGUGGGACCGUGGAGGAUUCCUUUGCCUGGUACCACAACAAGAGGAGCUUCAGCACUCCAGACUCGGGGAACAUCUGUGCUGAGAUCUCCCAUGGAGGUUGGUGGUACCACCAGUGCUUCUUCUCCAACCUCAACGGGGUUUACUACAAGGGAGGCAGAUAUUCCAUCAAAAACCGCAAGGUUCUGGGUCCUGAUGGGAUCGUGUGGUAUUCCUGGAAGGACACAGACUAUUACUCCUUGAGGAAGGUGCUGAUGAUGAUCCGGCCCCGUACUUUCCGGCCCCACGUCUCCCCAUGA